AUGCCAAAACCGAAUGAAGAAGAUCAAGAGUUUUUCCAGCGGAUAAUCGGUUCAGCAGGCUAUGGUAAUCAUUUAUCGAAACAUUUCAGCAUAUAUGAGCUUGACGAAGUACCCAAGGAAGAUGAGAGGGGAUGGAGGAAGGUGGAAGGGUUUAGAAUGAGCUUUACAGGUAAAGUAACAGAGGAUAUGUCGAAUUUGAGUGGGAAUAUGCAUGGAGCGAUGUACUCGUGGAUAGUAGAUACAAUGACAUCAGCAACGCUCAUAGCUAUUCAUACACCUACAUUCUGGGGUCUGCCAGAUUUCGCUGGAGUGACUCUAACGAUGGAAUUACAAUGCUUGAACGCUGCACCCCUGAACACUGAGCUUCUGAUCGAAGUGGAGAUCAUAAAAUGUUCGGUGAGAUUGGCGAAUCUACGAUGCGACAUAAAGAAUCUCAAAAGCGGUAAGGUGUACGCUACGGGAACACAUCUGAAAAUGUGGAAAGGACCUCAACCAGAAAAGGAGAAUAAGUCGAUCCAAGCUAAACUGUAA